AUGCCGAACUCCAACGGCAGAUCACAGCAGCUGAAGCCUCCCACUUCAAGGAUGACAAUCACAAAGAACGGGUCAAUGCACCUGAUCGCAGGAUGCAUCGUUACCAACAACGUCUUCGUUGACCACUGCGUAUCACGGCAAACACCGCCAAGCGCACUAUCAGCUCCGCAAGCAGAACACCUUCAUCUUUGGCAAUCUCUGCUUUGA